UCGUGUGUUACCGCCGCUGCCGCCAUUUGAGUGGCUGGCGCCCGGUGUUUCCGCGCUCCUCCCUUCUCGCUCCGCCUCCUCCCCUUCUCCUUGCCCCUCUUUUCCCCUCCUCCUGUCCUUCCUUCUUCUUUUCCUCCCGCUGCUCCUCCUUCUCCUCUAAGCUCCGGACGUCCUGUAGCGCUCUGGCAUCCUGAUUGCACAUAUGCCUGCAGGCCAGAAGAGGGCAUCAGAUCCCAUUACAGAUGGUUGUAAGCCACCAUGUGGUUGCUGGGAUUUGAACUCAGGACCUCUGGAAGAGCGGGAGGACUUUGUCUUUCUGGAGCCCAAAAAGUGACGUAAUUGCUGCCACUAAACGUGACAAUUUGAAUUGAAUCACAGGGAACCCUAUGUUGGUUCUUCAAUUUGAUGGAAAAAGACAACUCUUCUGAAGAAAAAAGUUGUUUUUUCCUAUUGGAAAUAAGACAAUUCAAAAAUGGCGGAACUUUUUAUGGAAUGUGAAGAAGAAGAGUUGGAGCCGUGGCAACAGAAAAUAGAAGAAAGCGAAAAUAAAGAUGAUGAUGAUGAGUUAAUCUUUGUUAGAGAGAUAUCAAGUUCCAAACCAGCCAUUUCAAAUAUUUUGAACAGAUGUAGCCCCGGUUCAUCUUCAAAGGGACUAAAGAACGGCUCAUUCAAUCCAGCCAUUUCUAAUAUAUUCAAGCCUACAAAUUACCGAAAUCCAUCAUCUAAUCCACUGAUUGCUUUGCCAAGCUUCUGUCCUACACAUAAAUCUUCAGAGAGUUCUGAUGUGUCUAAACCUAACUUUACAGAGACUUUAUCGCAAGAUUAUCCAGGUGCUUCUUCUAGCUUACAAUUAAGCUCAACCAAGGAUAUGCCAUUCUCCAACAUGCUGCAAAAGAGCACAGGUGUCGAUCAAACUUUAGGAUUAAAACAUCCUUCCACUUCAAAAGUAAGCAGUGUUAAUCCGAAAAAACCAAAGACUAAUGCAAGCGUUUCUGAACUAAACCCUUGCUCUUCAUCGUCUUUAAUUAAGUUUCCUUCAGGGGUGUCUUCCCAACUUGUACUAUCAAAUAUGAAUACCUCAUCAAUUCAGUGUGCAACUGGGCCACUUUUACUAAGAUCUUGCCCGAAGUGCAACGCUAAGUUCAGUCUUCUGGAUCCUUUGAAGUGCCAUGUGGAGCGUUGCUGCCCAGACUUGAUAAAUCCCGUGGAAAAUCCCAAGUCAGAAAAUUCAACGGUUGGAACCAUUGACUCAGAUAAAGAAAAACUGAUCAUGCUAGUUAGUGAUUUUUAUUAUGGAAGACAUGAAGGAGCUAUUGAGGAAGAUCAAAAGACUCACACAACUUUUAAAUGCUUCAGUUGCACAAAAGUUCUUAAAAAUAAUAUUAGAUUCAUGAACCACAUGAAACACCACUUGGAACUUGAAAAACAGAAUAAUGAGACCUGGGAAAGCCAUACAACUUGCCAGCACUGCUACCGCCAGUAUCCCAACCCCUUCCAGCUACAGUGCCACAUUGAGAGUACGCAUACCCCCCAUGAUUUUUCUACUAUUUGCAAAAUUUGUGAAUUGUCAUUUGAAACGGAGCAUCUCCUUUUACAACAUAUGAAGGAUACUCACAAACCUGGUGAAAUGCCAUAUAUAUGCCAGGUUUGCCAGUUUAGAUCAUCAAUAUUUUCUGACGUAGAAACUCACUUUCGAUCUUCCCAUGAAAACACUAAAAACUUGCUAUGUCCAUUUUGUCUAAAAGUUAGCAGAAUGGCAACCCCUUAUAUGAAUCACUACUUGAGACAUCAGAAAAAAGGAAUUUAUCGCUGUGCAAAAUGUAGACUGCAGUUUUUGACCUCGAAGGAAAAAACAGAACAUAAGUUAGAACAUCGUACAUUUAUAAAGCCUAAAGAACUAGAGGGAUUGCCUCCUGGGACAAAGGUUACUAUUCGAGCUUCCUUAGGAUCUAGUCAAUCACGAUCAUCGAGUCCGCCUUCUAGUACUAUUACAAGCACUUCACUUCAACUGUCAGUUCCAAAGUCUAAAAGUACAACUACUAAGAAUAACUCAAAAGGGUCUUCAAAUAAAGUUAACACAACUAGCCCUCAAACAAUUUCAACCAUGACUGGCAAGCCCAAUGCAAGUAAGCCAGGUACAGGUACAACUAAAUCCAAAGCCAAGUCCUCCUAUAAGCAAAAGAGACAACGCACCAGGAAGAACAAAUUCAGCGUAAAUUUGAAGAACUUAAGAUGUGACCAAGGAAGUCACAAAUGCAUCGAGUGCCGUUCCAAAAUAAAAGAUUUUUCAAGUCAUUAUUCUACUCAUAUAAAUUGCGAUUUUUGCAAAUAUACCACUAACUGUAACAAAGCCUUUGCAAAUCAUUUGAGUUCUCACAAUAACCACCCAAGUAAGCAACUUUGCAUCUUUAAGAAACAUUCACGUGCCCUCAGGGGCAUCACUCUAGUGUGUCUUAAGUGUGACUUCCUAGCCGAUAGUUCUGGAUUAGACCGUAUGGCUAAACACUUAAAUCAGCGUAAAACCCACACUUGCCAAGUUAUAAUAGAAAAUGUCACUGAAAGAACUGACACGCCUGAAUCCGCCUCUCAUGGCACAUUCAAAUAGAUUCCUGCUCUAUGAAGCCCACACAACCUGAAGCAAGACAAAUUGGAAAUUCCUAAGUUCAACGAUAUGAAAUGUUUUCAUAAAGGCAGUUAAAAUUCA